AUGGAUGCGCAAGGACAUCUUUUAUCACUGAAAGUGAUGCGGGUAUCUAGACCAUCACUAGCUAGCGCAUGGCAGCCCUUUUAUUCCAGCUCUCCUUCAUUCUCUGCCCACUCUACUGCGUCCAUUCUCUCUCUGCAAGGAAAGACACCUCUCCAAGGCCACCCAAAGACCCUACGGGAUCUUACUCAAGCAUCUGAGUUCCUUACGCUUCCCGCCUCGUUCGGAGCCAUUCAGCUAGGCGAAACAUUCUCCAGUUGCAUAUGCAUUAACAAUGAGACCAAUAUCGACGUCGAGGGUGUCAGUGUCCGCGUUGAGAUCCAGACAGCAAACUCCAAGAUACUGUUGGCUGAACUUGGUGGCCCAGGUUUCAAGCUCGCAAUAGGAGAUUCACUGGAAUAUGUGGCCCACCACGAGGUGAAGGAGUUGGGCCACCAUGUUCUGGCUUGUAUCGUCUCAUACCACCUGCCUCCGUCAUACCGCCAGUCCCCUGGUGCUAAUGAUCCCUCAAAUGAAGCAACCUUCCGCAAGUUUUACAAGUUUGCUGUUACCAACCCUCUUUCUGUAAAGACAAAGGUACAUACACCUCGGUCUCCGUCGGCGUUGAUGAUUUCGUCAGAGCGCGAGAAAGUAUUUCUCGAGGUCCACAUUCAAAACUUAACACAGGAUACGAUGUGGUUCGAGCGCAUGGAGUUUGAAUGCGCGGAGGGAUGGAGUGUUGUCGAUGCCAACACGACAGAUGAUGAUAAGGAUCGGAGAUUAUUCUCUGGUUCGAUGGCUCUCAUGCAACCACAAGCCAUACGACAGUAUAUCUAUAUCCUGACCCCAACAUCGUCUUCCUCGUUUCCUGUCGUUCAUGCAGCAGGCAGUGUCAUCCCUCUCGGUAGACUUGACAUCUCAUGGCGUUCUCAGUUCGGCGAGCCUGGGCGUUUAUUAACUUCGAUGUUGUCCCGUCGAUUUCCUGGCCCCACUCCAGUUCCGAACCCAACUUCAACUCCAGCUCCCCCACUCCAGCACCCUGUUUCAGCGCUUCCGCCUUAUCUUCAGCGCACCGUGCCAAGUGCACCAUCAUCGCCCGCCCGACCACGAUCUCCACAACUUCCUCCUUCUCGACCUAGUUCCCCAACCCCGGCUCCAUACAGACCAGGCUCACCCUUCCGCACGCGCCCGCAAUCAUCAGCAGCUGGAUCUAUGUCCAACAUGCCUAUCGCACCAAAUCAACAACAACCAGCACCACCGGCGCCUGCUUCCGUGUUGGACGUCGAGGUCGACGUUAUCGUAAACCAUAUUGCCAGGCAAUCUAUCGCUGUUGAACGGCCCUUCAAGAUUGCUUUCACUGCCACUGUUUCUGCUGCUCUACCAAAGGCCAAAGGGAAACAAAGGGUUAUAACUCUUGCUGUACAACAUCUUCAAUAUCCGCGUGCUACAGCGAUUGCAUACCCUGAACCAUUCCAGGCCACCGAGACAAUUAGCUCACGGUUCUCGUCUCUGGGCCUCACUUCUGCGACGUCAACGCUUGUUACCCCUGUACAAAAUUCCCCCAACAUGGCAAGCGAGAAUCUCUUGGUUAUCUCGCCAGAGAAGAUUCUCACACGCGGGGGACCCACAUUGCCACCCCCUUACUUUGAGUUCGCUGAUGAGGAGAAACGCGCAAAGUUGAAAGGCUGUGUAUUUGUUGGGUCAUCCACACAGUUCCUGAACCCCAUUACGCUCGCUGAUCCCAGUCACGCCAGUCAUCAUGAGGACUCAUCAGAUGAUGACGUGAGGAAGGCAGAGGGUAGUCAAGAGUUUGAACUUACCUUCCUGCCUAUGCAGACAGGAUUUGUGCGAGCGGGUGGCUUGCGCAUCCUACUGGUCAGGGAUGAGCUCGUGGAUGUUGGUACAGAUCAGGCUACUCAUCACUUAGGGUCCGGCGCGAGGGAAGCAAGGACAAUGAAAGAGUUAGACGUAGUCGCCGAACUUUGGGUCCAUUCAUGA